UAUGUCCUAUGUGUGAAGUUAGUUUUUCAGUCUCCUACCUACCUCCUUCAGAACGAUACAUGAAGGCUACUUUUUAGUAAAACACGUUUCAAUGUAGCCCUGAGCUCUAAGGGUACCUUGCCAUGAAAGCUUUCGUGAUAUCGAGGCUUAUAGUAUAAAGUGUUAUCAUCAAGAGGCCCUGAAUAAAGUGCAGGGGGUCAACUGUUCCCGCCUGGCGGACGUGCCCGCUGCAGCCGCCGCCGCCGCCGCCGCGUAGGGCGCAUGCGCCAACAGCCCUACAUAAGGCCGCGCCGCGCCGCCCUCCUCACAAUCGUACCUGCGACCUCCACUAGCACCCUCGCUUACCGAGCUCCACAUACGAACGCGAACUACGAAAAAGUUUACAACUUACCCAACACUAACCGUUGGCAACGUAACGCGCCCACAGCCAAACAACGAGUGUUUCUGUGUUUCCGAGUGCAGUUUAAGACGAACUUAUGAAAAGCAAGGUUGAAAUCGAAUUUGUGGCGUGUGAGAAGUGCCACUUAUCGGAGAACGUAGACGGCUCAGCAGCUGCCAGCAAGCGGCGCGAGUCCACCGCUCCGAAGAUCGUCGUGUGUCCCCCGAUGGAGGAGAUGAGUGCUCCGGUGCCGGCGGGGCGCGGCGGGCGGCUGCUGCGGGCGCUGGGCCGGCGCCUGCCGCGGCGCUCCAACGACGCCGACUCGCUGGAUAGCUCCAGCAGCGACAGCUCGGAGCCGCGCGCCGACGACCGCUCGUCCUGCUCCGCCAGCGACAGCGGCAGCGACGGCUCCGAGCGCCAGCGCCGCCACCGCUCCACCGUGUCCCUGCGCCGCGUGUUCCAGAGCCUCAACCUCACCUCGCGCUCGCACUCCAGCUCGCCCACCGAGCGGACGCGCGCGCCCAAGAAGCAGCAGCAGCCCAAGCGCAUCCUCCGCCAGCCCGUCACCUACACGUACGUGCGCGGCCUCUCCGGCCUGCCCACGCAGAGGGUGCCCCGCCACAUGGUCUACUGCCCCUCGUCGGGACUCCACCGAUAAGCCUAGCCGCAACGCUCAUUUCAAGUACAUUUGUAAGGCAUGCGGUCGGAGAUCAAGACUGGUUAAAGUAAUCGAGUAGUUUAAAAGCGCUAGAGAGACUUGUUCUCGCAUAUCAGUAGCGGGGCCGAUCGCUGAAGACAGGACCAAGGCGGUCGCUCCGGCUGACCCGUGAAUUGCCUAGUUCUAUAAGACUGUGCGAGAGUAGACGUGUGGACGCUUCACUAUGUAGGUCCGACAUGGAGUAGAUGUAACAUUGUUAUUUAUCAUUCUACAUAAAAGAGCACUUCGAACACAAAUCUAUGAAAAUUGUUCUCACCUAUCUCUUACUUCGAACACCAAGUAGAAUAUAAAAUUUUCAUUCAAGGAAUGUUUGUUAAAAUAUCACUCACCAAUUUGAUAACUGAUACAGAAGUUCUUUAUUAAAUUAAUACUAAGCAUAGUGCCUUUCCAUUAUUGUUAUUUACUACUAACUAGAGUAGUUGUACUGUACAGCGGUACCCAACUUAGGAAUUUACUAACUUUAUUGCUGUGUAUAAAGGAAUUAUGAUUACAUUGUAACCUUCCAUAACAUCAAAUCACGAUCAUCUAUUACUAAAUUAUUAAAAUUGUAUUCAAAUGUUUGAGUAAACUUUCGAAUUUCAUGAGGUGCGACGACUAUUUGUCUAAAAUAUACAUAAUGUCUAUUACCGGAUCAUAACUUAAGAUUGUAAUAAGCUGCAUACCCGCUGUAUACUACUGUAGAUAGACUAAAUAUAUCAAUUAGACUAAGAACCUAAUCUAGUUGUUUUUACUGUAAAGUAAGAUAGACUUUCAUAUAAAUAAAAAAAUCAUUG